AUGAUACUACACAGAAUCCGAAAGGCGCACUUCAGCAUGGACGUUAAUGUAUCCAACUUGCUGAGGAAAAAGGCAAUCCUGUUCGAAAAUGUCAAAAGGGAGAAUUGCAAAAAAGAAUUAAUUUUGGAUUAUUUCGACAUAAAAGGAGUGAAGCUGAAAAAAAAUGACAUCCACAUUAUGACGAACAUUUUGUGUAGACCGACUGGUAGGAUAAUGAUUUUGACUGACAAUAUGAAGAAGCAGAAUUUUAACUUCGAUUUUGGGUCCCUCUCUAAGGGGAGAGAAGACUUACCAUUGGAUGAAAAAAGAGUGAGCCACGAAUCUGGUGAAGAUUCGGGUGACUCCCCGAACAGUAGCAACUCCAACACCGCUAACGAACUAGAGGAUGCCACCACGUGUGAUAUCCAAGGGGGGGACAGCUCUAGUGUCCAGCUGAGAGGACAUAACCAAGUGAACGCUGGCCGAGCGAAUGGUGGAACGGAGGAAGAGGUAGAAGCGGAAGAAGUAGAAGAAGAAAAAGAAGAAGAAAAAAAAGAAGAAGAAUAUCGUUGUACCACUGUGUGGAAUAAAAAUUUAAAAAAUUUAUUCAAGGAAUGCAAAAUUCACCUAUGUGAUGAUUUCGAAAUAGAAAGAUUUGUGGAAGAAUGCGAACGGUUUUUGCGAUUUACGGAAGAUAUCAAAAGAGUGGCAAGGUUUGAAAAUUUGGACAAAAUAAUUACCAUUAUAAAUAUCCCCAGUUGUUAUGGAAGAAAAGAAUUGGCACAAAUUAUUUACGACUGUGCUAGGAUUAAUGUAAAAUUAAAAAACAUCAUUUUCAGAUUUAAAAAAAAUGGCAUACAAUCUGACUGUGCCUAUGUCCUAUGUGAUAGUGUAAAUGAUGGAAAUAUUUUAGUCAACAAAAUGCAAGAAUAUCCCGUUGCUAAAAAAUAUCAUUUACGAGAAUUUUUUGGAACUUCUUUUUUGUAUGCUUCCAGAAGUAACCUUUUUCUGAGCUCAGAAAAACUUGAUUACGUGACCAUUUUUUCAAAGUAUAAAAUAUUUACCUGCGGAUGGCAUAAGGAUAUUUCCAUAAAGGAGUUUGAAAGCUUUCUCAUCACUCUUAAAAUAUUCCCCAAGAAGAUUAUAAAAAUUGACCAUCGCAGCAGGGGCGCCGCCAGGGCAGCCCCGCAGGAGCACUCCGCAGGCAACUGCGCACACCAGUCGGAUGAUCAGUUGGAUGACCAGUCGGAUGACCAGUUGGAUCACCACUCGGAGGACCACACAGACUGCAAGUACCAACUGAGCCCCGUGGAUCCCCAUCACAUUUUAAUAAGCAUCGACGAGGCGGACUCCGCCACGGCUGAUGCGGACCGCACUAACGACCCGCACGACGCCAACACAUCCUCGUUUAUUUUAUUUUUCGAAAACAUGCGAAUGACGAAAAAGGUUUUCACGAAAUUGGAGAGACUGAAGAAGAAAUGGAAAAUAUCGGCAUCCAAAAACUUCUACGCAUACCCGAAGACGCCGGAUAUCCACUUCAACGAUGACGAAGACUAUGACGACGAAAACGAGUAUGAGGACUCCGAUUUGGAUGAAGAAAUAGAAUAUUAA